CGGCACCAGGCGGGCGAUUGGAAAACUGGGCGUUCACUGGUUUAUAGCGGAAGGCCAGUCAUCAAUAACAAGCAUACAUAGCCAUGGCCCGUAGAACGCUAGUCUCGUUAUGUGCGGGUAUUGCGGCGCUCGCAGCUUUCGCUUCGGCGUCGGACAGUUCUGCACCCUAUGCGUCUCUCCAUCUAUACCCCCGAUUGACGGACGGAGCACCACGCGAUAUUUCUUGGACUCAAGCAACAUCUUUGGUUUCCCAUGUGGUGGCGGUUUCAGCUGGGGCUGGUGACAUCCUACAACCUGUCAAUAUUCUUGAAGUGCAAGACAAUGAGAUACUGGAUGAUGCCGUCAAAGAUAUCAAAUUUGAUAUUCUAGGGGCACCUAAAGCGAACCUGUGGGUAGUCAUUGACGACUAUCAUGCUGAAUCAGGUCUUGUUGAUUCGGUACCUUACUUCCGGAUCUAUACAGAGCAUAACACCGCGGACGCACAGUUGGUGGACUUUGGCGAGCGGGCCGCGCGUGCUAUUGUAAAGAAUGUUCCCGGAAGCUGGCCGUUAAUCAUCUCAUCGAAGGGCCAGGGCGCAGUUACGGGACAGGUAUCCGCAGUCCAUGUCGGAGAAAAGAGGGUUGAUGUCUCAACGCAAGCUAAACUUCCGGCAAGCAUUCGAAAGACGUUAACCGCGAUUUCCGAGACUCUCUAUGAAGACAUGAAGUCUCACGCGAUUGAGAAGUUUGGAGAGAGUGCGCAAUCUUUGAACAGUAAUAAUCCCGAAGAUAUGCAUCUCAUGGCGGAACUCGAAUUUGCAACAAGCCUCAUCGAGGCAUUUAAAGUACAGCGGGUGGCAAGCGCGGGAAAGCCGAUCGAUGUACCCUCUUUUAUUGCAGUAACCUUCUCAGGUUUGUCCAGCCUGAGGGACAGAUAUGGGGAAAAGUCCGCUCAGUACGAAAAUGGAGCUAAAAUGGUUAACAGGGCUAUCAGCGAGAUGGUAUCCUCCUUCACCGAACUUCACGAUGGCCAUGUGCUGGCCGAAGUCUUGACGGUGCCCCCUAAAAUUUCAAGGACAUUGCUUUCUCGCCGCGCUUCUACUACAGCGACACCUUGUCCAACGACCGUUGCAGAGUGUAUUUCGACGUUUUCAAACUGUACCAAUCACGGCACGUGCGGGCAACGUAACGGUUCAAGCUGCUUCGUCUGUCAGUGUGGCAACCAGUACACUGACGAUGCUGGUCAGCCGAGGCCUGGCUUCAGUGGACCAGUGAAGUGGACAGGCGACGCGUGUCAAUAUCAGGAUAUUACCGUUCCUUUCCAGAUUAUUUUCUGGACAAGUCUUGUCUUGAUCAUCACAAUAAUCUUCGUUGUGGGCCUACUGAGCAGCGUUGGGUCUGUGGAUUCAGCCAACGAUGGCGCUGGUUCUGGUACCCGCAGCAAAACAGAUUAGGUAGACAUCCAAUCCUUGGUUCAUGUGAAGUUACAGCACGUCCUUUUCAGCUGGGCGCGACACAAAAUAAAACAUAUAAUGCUAUGUCUGGAUUAUCUCAUUGAACAUCAGGAAUAAAUGCGAAGACGCCAUACGGGUGUGUCUGCACCUGUAUUUCAACGUGAUA